AUGAAUGCUGCUGAGUUGUCAGUCUUAAGCUCAAAAAGAAUUGUUGAUUUUGAGAAUGUCCACGCUGAACUCGCUUGUCUUAAGAAAAGGCUGCUGCAGCACUAUAAAAAAGUGAAAUUUCCAUCGUUUCAACUGGAAAAGCUGAAAAACGUAAGAAAAAACUUAGCAGAAGAAAAGCACACGUUGGAACAGAACCAGGAGAUGUUGGAGUACCUAAAUAGUGAAGUUGAAAAGGCUGUGGAGAAAUCAUAUGCCAUAGAAGAGUCUACAAAGGCUUUAGAAGAGCGGCUUGAGUCCCUAAAAAACAGCAAGCAGCAGAGGAUGCUGAAAGCUUGGGUGAUGUCACAAAUUCUGACUCCUUGCAGCUUCCGAAAGCUACUUUUAUGGCUUCUACAUUCCAAGAAAAAGUGAGAAAGUUGAAGAGUCCCAAUGCUGUUUUAGAAGAACUUACCUUGAUGGAAGAAAAUCCAGCCUACUGUGGCAUGCGUAAACUAAUUGAGAAGACCUUCGAUGAAAUUUCUGAUUCCACAUCCUAG